UCAGGCAGAUGAAGACUCUCCCAAGCUUUAGAUGGCCGGAAGAAGACAGAAUAAACCGGAAGACAGAAUCGAACGAUCGCAUCCAAAAUGGCGACUCCCAUGCACAGACUGAUCGCUCGGAGACAAGCGGAGGCUAACAAACAACAUGUUCGCUGUCAGAAAUGCCUGGAGUACGGACACUGGUCUUACGAGUGCACUGGGAAACGAAAGUAUCUUUAUAGACCUUCCAGGACAGCCGAGUUAAAAAAGAGACUCAAAGACAAGGAGAACAAUCCUUCGGAUGAUUUGGGAGCUGGAAUAAUACCACGCAGUGAGAAAAAAACUAAGAAAAAAAGGUCCUCCUCCAGUUCCAGCAGCGGCAGUAGUGAUUCGUCCAGCUCUUCCAGCGACUCUUCCUCGGACAGCAGCGGUUCCUCGAGCUCCUCAUCCUCGUCUGAAGACAGUAGCAGCGACAGCGAUGACGGCUCCAGCCCUUCCUCCUCCUCCUCGUCUUCCUCCAGUUCUGACUCUGAUUCCGAUUCCUCAAGCAGUUCUGAUCAGGGACCUCCAAAGAAGAGAAAGAAGAAGAAAUGAGGGUCCAGUUCAUCUGAUUCGAAUACAGAACUUGUCAUAUACAUUGAGAGUACUGACUGUCACUUUGGUAUUGAAUAUGUGAGAAGUCAUGUAUGCAAAGAAAUUGAGAUAUAUAUGUAUAUUCUCAUAUUUAGUAGAAUGUGAAAAUCAAACACGUGCACUGUUACAUUUGCUUAUUUACAACUUUGUUGUCUCUCCAUGGCGGAGUGUAGUGGUGUCUCAAACAGUUAAAAUACUGCAAUUCAUUCAUAACAACAUCAGUUGAUUUAUUUCACAUAUUU